CUGUGUCUCCCCCCCUUGACUCCCUCGUGGCGCUAACCUCAGCAUUAACUGCCAAGUGUACAAAUUCCGGCGAACAGCUACCGGGGACUGGUGGAAUAUAGCAUUGUGAUAAAUAAGUAACAAUAAUGGCUGUGACAAAUGGGGUAUCGUUUGUUCUGUCGUCGAUAUUGACUGUGCUGCUAUUUUCUGGAAUGCAAAUCUACAGAGGUUGGUUCGCAUCCUCGCAACUCCACACGGUUUUUGGAGGAUAUCUGGGCUCUGUAUUGUUCAUAUUGAUUCUCACGGCGAUUGGGAAUCUUGAGAUGACUUUAUUCGGAAAAUCAUUCCAGUCUAAGCUAUUUCCUGAAGUUGCUGGGUCUCUGCUAAUCGCCAUGAUUGCAUCUGGAAUGGUGCACAGAGUUUCAACUACCACUUGUUUCUUGUUUUCUUUAAUUGCUCUUUAUUAUAUCAACCAAAUCUCACAACAAGUUUACUCCAGUGGUACGACUGUUCCUGCAGCAUCCUUUCAGUCUAAGAAGCGGAAGUAAAAUUUUGAUAUAAUCUUUUCUGUAUUCAGGUGAAUGAAAUAUAUGGAUUUCCAUUUUUACAUAU